UAACAGAUAAAAUAAAUGUGUUUCUCUCGUCAGACCAUGAUGUUCGGGAGCUUGCUGUUUGCCGUGUGUUGUAGUGCAGCACUGGCCCAUUUUAACACCAAUCUAGACCAGCACUGGGAGCUGUGGAAGAAGAAACAUGUCAAGCUUUACUCCUGUGAGGAUGAGGAAGUAGGCAGGAGGGAAUUGUGGGAGAGAAACCUUGAACUGAUCGCCAUCCACAACCUAGAGGCCUCCAUGGGCAUGCAUUCAUAUGACUUAGCCAUAAACCACAUGGCUGACAUGACGACAGAGGAGAUUUUGCAGACAUUAGCCGUCACUCGUGUUCCUCCUGGCUUCAAGAGGCCAACAGCAGAAUAUGUGAGCUCUUCUUUUGCUGUUGUCCCAGAUACACUGGACUGGAGAGAUAAGGGCUAUGUGACUAGUGUGAAAAACCAGGGUGCUUGUGGUUCUUGUUGGGCAUUCAGCUCUGUUGGGGCUCUUGAAGGUCAGCUGAUGAAGACCACAGGAAAGCUGGUGGACCUCAGUCCUCAAAACCUGGUGGACUGUUCUUCUAAAUAUGGCAACCUUGGCUGCAAUGGCGGGUAUAUGUCUCAAGCCUUCCAAUAUGUUAUUGAUAAUGGCGGCAUUGAUUCAGAGUCCUCUUACCCUUAUCAAGGAACGCAAGGAUCGUGUAGAUAUGACCCAUCCCAGCGUGCAGCAAACUGUACUUCUUACAAAUUCGUUAGUCAGGGAGAUGAGCAGGCCCUAAAAGAGGCUUUGGCCAACAUCGGGCCCGUUUCAGUGGCCAUCGACGCCACCCGCCCUCAGUUUAUCUUUUACCGCAGUGGGGUUUACGAUGAUCCAUCCUGCACACAAAAGGUAAACCAUGGAGUGCUUGCUGUGGGAUAUGGUACACUUUCAGGACAGGACUAUUGGCUGGUCAAAAACAGUUGGGGUGCUGGAUUUGGAGAUGGUGGCUACAUCCGUAUAGCCAGAAACAAGAAUAACAUGUGUGGCAUCGCCUCAGAAGCCUGCUAUCCAAUUGUAUAACUGAAAAACUAUUGAAAUAUAUGAAUAUAUGGAAAUAAGAAAUUUACCAUAUUAUAAUCCAGUUUCUUAGCUGUACAUGUAUGUUUUGUUUUUCCAUUUCUAUUGUUUUUAUUCAAAUUGAAUAUUGUAUAAUUAGUUUUAAUUCUUGUCUUUUUUUUGUCUAGUAAAAUAUUAAAGGAAAUAUGGUUCCACUCUGUUCAGUAUGUUUA